AUGUGUCAUUAUUGUUGCUAUUUAACACAUAUGAACGCAUCAUUAUCGCCAAAUAGUCAUGGUACUAGUCAAUGUAUCCCACAGUAUUUGAAAUGCGGCCGUACAGGGUCAUGCAGUUUAACUGUAUCAUUAUGUCUCGUUAGUUUAACAAUAUUUUUCGUAAUGCUUAAUACUACUCUGGUUCUUUCGCACUCAUCACGAAUACAACAGCAACAGCGAGAACAAUCAUCAAAUAAAAUUCUUCAAGAAAAUUCGCGAGAUAGUUUCGGUGUUAAUGCAGCGCAUGAUCAAGAUCAACAACACGCCAAGUAUCGUCAUUAUUCUUCAUCAAAAGCAACUGGUUCUGAUGCCUUACCUAAUCCACCAAAAACAAAACGUUUAACACAUGAAAAACGUUUGAUUCGCGAUUUACUUAGUAACUAUCCAACUAUAUAUGCGCGUCCAAUACGUAAUGUAUCUGAGCCUGUUAAUGUUACUUUUGGUUUAACUCUUAUACAAUUGUUUGAUCUUGGCUCAAGUGGUCAAAGAAUGCAAACAAACACAUGGAAAACGUUGAUAUGGCAAGAUAUGAAUUUAGUUUGGAAUCCUGUUGAUUACGGUGGAUUAGCAACAGUUUGUUUACCAGCUGAUUCAAUAUGGACACCGGAUGUUGUUUUAUACAAUUAUGCUGAUGAACGUUUAAAAGAUUGGCGUGAAAUUUCUGCUGUUAUACAAAAUACAGGUGAUAUUCUCUAUGUACCAGCAACAAUGCAAUUUAGUGUUUGUUUUCUUGAUAUAACGAAAUUUCCUUACGAUAUUCAUCAAUGUUCAUUAAAAUAUCGCUCAUGGACAUAUGACUUUUCAAAAGUAGUUCUCUCGUUUAAAGACAAUAUACCAGGUUUGGAUAUGACGGCAUAUUUAAAUUCAAACGAAUGGAAAGUCAUACCACUUGAAGCAAAAAAAACUAUUACAAAUGAUACAUUUUCAUUGUUAACAUUUACAAUGAUUAUUCAACGGAAAGGUGGUCUUUAUGGAUAUAUUUUAAUAUUACCCUGUUUACUUUUAUCUGCAGCAACAAUGGUCGUGUUUUGGAUUCCACCUGAAUCUCCAGCAAAAAUGAUUUUAACUAUAUCAAUUUUUUCUGGCCUAUUUCUCUUAUUACUUUUGCUUGCUGAAUCAAUACCAGGUGGUGGUGGUACUCCUCAAAUUGGUUAUUAUUAUUGUGUCAAUAUGGUUGUUGUGUCAGUCACAGCUGUUCUUGCUACCAUAGUUAUUCAUAUCUAUGUUCGAGGUGAUCGACGUCAAGGUGUUCCACCAUCAAUUCGUCGUUUGUUUCUGCAGUACCUCGCUCAAUUUUAUUGCAUGGCUCCGAAACCAUCUCAUAAUUUAGCUUGUACUGUUACAUCUCGUCUUGGCUCACCGGUGCCCGGCGCUCUUGUAUUACCAGAAAAAAUCUUUUUAACGCCACAUUAUCACGAGGAAGAGUUUUCCAAAAAACUUAAGUUACUUAAACAACGUUUUCAUGAUUUUCAUCGACAGCAACAAAAACAACAACAAAAUUCUGUUGGGGGCACAACAACGACAACAACUGAUACAAUAGCUGCAUUGAGUAUUAAUUUACGUUCUAUUGAAAAUGAUUUAAAAGAAAUUCGAGACUACCUACGACACAUGAAGCAGAAAAUUGAAGAUACGGAUCGAUCCAAUAAAGCUGCUGACGAUUGGAAACAAGUUGCACUUGUACUCGAUCGAACAUUUUUCUUUGCUUAUUUUGGUUGGCUUAUUCUAUCGCUUAUUGUUAUGUUUCCAAAGACAACAAAUAUAUCAAAAGGUACUUGGUCAACACCAAUACGAACACUUACCAAUUUAACUAAUGACACGAGCGAUAUAACAUUGAUAUAG